CCUGGCUGGUCAGCCCCGGGGCCCCGGGGGUCCGGCCGGCCUCGAGAGGGACCUGGGGUCAGGCCCUGCCGCCCUCGUCGCUGCUGCAUCCCGUGGGGCCUGCCCCGCUUAUCAAAAAGGCGCUGUGCUGGAGGAUGCGCUCUGGGUCGCAGCCCUUCCUGCUGAGCGGGGCGUCUGGGGGUGGCCACGGUGGGGCUCUUUGGAUGCUGCACACCUGGUGAGGCCUUUGCGCCUCGGAGCAAGCGCAGGGAGGCAGCGGAGCGAAGGCUGCCUGCCCCUAUUCCAGGCCCCAUACUCCGAGUCUCCUAGCCUUGAGCUGUCAUUGCUCUUGUGGCGCUUUAGCUUAUGAUGCAGAAUGAAACCCAUCAAUAAAUCAGAGAAGCCAGAAAGCUGCGAUAAUGUGAAGGUUGUUGUUAGGUGCCGGCCCCUCAAUGAGAGAGAGAAAUCAAUGUGCUACAAACAGGCUGUCAGUGUGGAUGAGAUGAGGGGAACUAUCACUGUACAUAAGACUGAUUCUUCCAAUGAACCUCCAAAGACAUUUACUUUUGAUACUGUUUUUGGACCAGAGAGUAAACAACUUGAUGUUUAUAACUUAACUGCAAGACCUAUUAUUGAUUCUGUACUUGAAGGCUACAAUGGGACUAUUUUUGCAUAUGGACAAACCGGAACAGGCAAAACUUUUACCAUGGAAGGUGUUCGAGCUAUUCCUGAACUUAGAGGAAUAAUUCCCAAUUCAUUUGCUCACAUAUUUGGUCAUAUUGCAAAAGCGGAGGGUGAUACAAGAUUUUUGGUUCGAGUGUCUUAUUUGGAAAUAUAUAAUGAAGAAGUUCGUGACCUUUUGGGCAAGGAUCAGACACAAAGGUUAGAGGUUAAAGAAAGACCUGAUGUGGGAGUUUAUAUCAAAGAUUUAUCAGCUUAUGUGGUAAAUAAUGCUGAUGAUAUGGAUAGAAUUAUGACGCUAGGCCACAAAAAUCGUUCUGUUGGUGCAACUAAUAUGAACGAACAUAGUUCCCGUUCCCAUGCCAUCUUUACAAUUACUAUAGAAUGCAGUGAAAAAGGCAUUGAUGGUAACAUGCAUGUCAGGAUGGGGAAGCUCCAUCUUGUAGAUCUUGCUGGUUCAGAAAGACAGGCAAAAACUGGAGCUACUGGACAGCGCCUAAAGGAAGCUACAAAAAUCAAUCUUUCACUUUCCACCCUUGGUAAUGUAAUUUCUGCCUUGGUUGAUGGAAAAAGCACUCAUGUGCCUUAUCGUAACUCUAAACUGACUCGUCUUCUUCAGGAUUCCUUAGGAGGAAAUUCAAAAACCAUGAUGUGUGCAAAUAUUGGGCCAGCAGAUUACAAUUAUGAUGAAACUAUCAGUACAUUACGGUAUGCCAAUCGUGCUAAGAAUAUUAAAAAUAAAGCUAGAAUUAAUGAAGAUCCAAAGGAUGCUUUGCUGCGUCAGUUCCAGAAAGAAAUAGAAGAACUGAAAAAGAAGCUUGAAGAAGGAGAAGAAAUAUCAGGCUCUGAUAUCAGUGGGUCAGAGGAAGAUGAUGAUGAAGAGGGUGAGGUUGGAGAAGAUGGAGAGAAAAGGAAAAAAAGAAGGGGAAAAAAGAAAGUCUCCCCAGACAAGAUGAUUGAAAUGCAAGCAAAAAUUGAUGAGGAGAGAAAAGCACUUGAAACAAAGCUCGACAUGGAAGAAGAAGAAAGAAACAAGGCUAGAGCUGAAUUAGAGAAACGGGAAAAAGAUCUUCUUAAAGCCCAACAAGAGCAUCAGUCUUUGCUGGAAAAAUUAUCUGCCCUGGAAAAGAAGGUAAUUGUUGGUGGGGUUGACUUGUUGGCCAAAGCUGAGGAACAAGAGAAACUUCUUGAAGAAUCUAACAUGGAACUGGAAGAAAGGAGGAAAAGAGCAGAGCAACUUCGCAGAGAACUUGAGGAAAAAGAGCAAGAACGCUUGGAUAUUGAAGAAAAAUAUACCAGUUUGCAAGAGGAAGCACAGGGAAAGACCAAGAAGUUAAAGAAAGUGUGGACUAUGCUGAUGGCUGCUAAGUCAGAGAUGGCUGAUCUCCAACAAGAACAUCAGAGGGAAAUUGAAGGCCUACUGGAGAACAUUCGGCAACUUAGCCGGGAGCUUCGACUUCAGAUGCUUAUUAUUGAUAACUUUAUACCUCGGGAUUAUCAGGAAAUGAUUGAAAACUAUGUCCAUUGGAAUGAAGACAUAGGAGAAUGGCAGCUAAAAUGUGUUGCUUAUACAGGAAAUAACAUGAGGAAGCAAACCCCAGUACCUGAUAAAAAGGAGAAAGAUCCCUUUGAGGUGGACCUUUCUCACGUCUAUCUUGCCUAUACUGAGGAGAGUCUGCGUCAGUCUUUGAUGAAACUAGAAAGACCACGAACUUCAAAGGGGAAAGCAAGGCCAAAGACAGGGAGAAGCUAUGGUAUCCAGUUUCAUCAAGCGAUACCACUGAGCCACUCCCUUACAAACGCGUCUGUUACUGCCUGUGUUGUCGGGAUGCUGCUGAAGACACUGUCCAUCCUAUCAUCUUGUGAAGACUCUCAAGAGAAAUUUCUUUUAAAGCUAAGUACCAGAUUAUUAUAUCAGACUAUUUUCUCCCUGCAUAUAUAAAAAGAGUGAGGUAAAAUAAUGCGUUUUCCACUGUGCUUUUGCUGAUAGGACUAUAAUAUCUGAUGACCUGCUUAUAGUCUUAUUUUUCUCUGGAUCAUCAUUUCCUCCUACUCCCUUUCUGCUUUGGUCCUAAUAAUGUUAUUUUCUGUCUUAAUCUUUUCCAAUAAAUCACUUUGAAUCCAUUUUUAAAACCAGGUGGAGUAAAAAUCACUGAAGACCACCGUUAGCCUGUGCCUUUACAGAAGGAGUUAACACAGUUCUGAAGCCACAGCCUGAACUUAAAGCGAGCUGGAGGAGCCUUCCAAACAGAUUUAUUAAUUAUUAUCUCAAUUUCUCUGUCUUAAGCUGUUUCAUUUGCAAAGCAAAUCAGGUAUUCAGUCCUUUUUCGGAAGUUGAACAAAUGUGUGGGAAAAUGAUUACGAAGAGGCUACUUCAAAAAGAACCUGUUUCCUCUCAGCAUUUAUCUUGGGCUUCCUGUGACCCAAUCUUCAAGUGACUUUUAUCAACGUUAUCAGAACAUCAGAUUGUCUUACCCAAACACGUUUAUGGCUCUGACUAAAGAAUAUGACAGAUCAGAUAUUCCUCUCCACCUGCUCCCCUCCCCCAUCCCUUUUUAGAGGGCUGGGGAAAUUUUAGUUUUUAAUCAAAGGCUUUAUUUCUCCAGUUGUGCAAAGGAAUUUAACUGGGACUUUACAACUGAAUAAAGUAUUUCUCAGAGUC